CGGUGAUACAUAAGUGGGUUUUGGGUUGCAGUUUGGGCACUCGGUCUCUAAAAGGUUUGCCAUCACUGGGUUAGGAAGCUAAUAGUUUCAACUGGGUGAUUGUUCAAUGCCUAGAGCCAAUGGUUUUUGUGGCUUUCCUGUGUUUCUUUAGUGAAGAGCCCAGCAAUCACCACAGUGAUGCCUGCCGAUGUAUCUAUCUCCAAACACUUUGAUUCCUUACGCAAGUGAACAUUUUCCCCACCACUGCCCAGCAUAGUUGGCAGGAUUGGAAAAUCAAGAGCUAGGAAAAUUUGCCACAUUUGGUAUGCCCCUGCCAUUUUUGUAGAUUCACCGUCUUUGUCUUUGGCCUUUUCUCCUCUCUAAUUUCAAACUUAUUUGGAGAUUUCUGAUUAGGAUUAAUGUAGUGGAGAGUUUCAGGAGGUACAAAUCUGAGUCAGUUGCAACUCUAAAUGGCAAGUCAAGUUGCAAGGAGGUUCCUGCCAUCUGACUCUGCAGGAGUAAGUAACGGGCAGUAAGGGAGCUGAAGUCAGCCUUGUAAGUGCAAAUAAAACAAGGGAUGACAGGAUGAUCUGUUGUCUUGUUUGUCUGCUGUUCAUUGGUUUCACCAGGAGACAACACUGUCUGGAGGCACUCCCCACCCCAAAGUUACAGUCUCAGUUCUAGUAAUUACUCGCCAUUGAAUGUCAUUGCCAGGACCUGCUGUUCACUGUCAAGAACCACACAGUCCAUAGGAGCAAUAAGGCCUCUUAGCAUAACUCAAGCAGCACAGUAGCUGUUUCAGGAAAAAAAAUGUUAUAUAUACAACAAAGAAUCAGCAACCAGCAGUUUCAGCAGGGGGAAAAGAAUGAGAUAUUUUGUCUUGCAUUCAUCUUUGACAGAAGAAUAAUAACCACGCAUUAAUUCUCCUUCCCCAAAUACGUGCGGAGAGUGCAAGAAAACAGAGAGGGAGGAAGACUGGGAUGUUCUCCUCCUCAUGCCCCUAGUACCAGUGCCAACCUAGGGCCCAGGAGUCAUAUUUGGUCACAGGGGUGUCACAAGAUACAGUAAAAAAAAAAAAAAAAUCAACAGGCCAUCCAUGACCAAGCCACUGAAGCUCUGCCUAUUCUAUGUGUAAGGCAUUUUGAUUUCAUUGUUGCAGCUGCCAUCUUGACUUUUUUGAACAUGCAGUAUUCUGCAGCUGCCUCUGGUUAGUCAAUUCAAUCUAUCCUACCUGACCUGUGAUAUGCAGGCUUCUCUGAAAAUUCUGUUCACUUGUAGGCCCAGGUUCUACAGGUCAUAGGGGUGCAGCUUUCUAGACACUCACAGGGGUACUCUGGUCUGGAUUACAUUUACAAAUUUAUUUGCUACAUUCCUGGUGAUCCUGUGCAAAGGGCAUCUCAGAAUGAGGAUUGGAAAAGAAACAGCGGAGACAACUCUUCUUGGUUCACACAGUGCCAGAGAAAUCCAAUCCCUAUAAUGGAAAAAGACGAACGAAUUCAAACUUGCGUUUCUAUGCAGCUGUGCCACCAGUGCGGCGGAGGGGAUAUUUUAAGGGGCAAAAUCAGUUUUGUUGUAAGGUGUGGAAUGGUUCCACUUCCAAAGUUUCAUUCUGAAGAAGAGAACGUGAAAAAGUUCCUUCAUUUCGAAGUAGAAGUGAGAGCCGACGCCGCCCUCUCCGCGCUCGGAAUCUGUCCCCUCCCCGCCCGAGGCCUUCGGGAGAGCUGCGGCUCGCGAGGAAGCCGCAAGGGCAACCCCGGCUCGUCCGGAGUCUGGCAGCGAUAUUGGGGGGAGGGGGCGGGUCGGUUGGGGGGGCGGCAGGAGGUGGUGCUUAAUCGUCGGCUGCCCGCCGAGCUCCUUUCCUUUUCCACUGAGGAGCCCCGCUCCGCCAGUUCAUCGCGAUGAUGGACGAGGCGGGCCGAGGAAGCACGCGGCCGACCGCGCUCUUAGGCAACAAGAGACCGAAGGCGUCGUCUCCGUCGCCCUUGGGUGACGGCCCGGCCAUCUCGGCGGUCAUGUUCACCGCGGGCGUGCUCGGCAACCUGACGGCGCUGGUGCUGCUGCUCCUGGCGCGACGCCGUCGGCUGGCGCGGCGAGAGCGUCUGGCGCCUUUCCACGUGCUGCUGAUGGCGCUGGUGCUGACCGACCUGCUGGGCACUUGCCUGCUCAGCCCGGUGGUGCUGGCGGCCUACGGGCGACAACAGACGCUGAACGCCCUGGACAGGCGCGUCUGCGACUACUUCGCCUUCUCCAUGAGUUUCUUCAGCCUGGCCACCAUGAGCUGCCUGGGCGCCAUGGCGCUGGAGCGCAGCCUGGCCAUGGCCGCGCCGUACCUAUACGAGCGGUUGCUGAGCGGGCGGCCUUUGGCGCUGCUGCUGGGAGCCCUGCUCGCCCUCUACGGCCUGGUCGCCGCCUUCUGCGCCCUGCCGCUGAUGGGCUUCGGUAGCUACAUGGAAUACUGGCCGGGCACGUGGUGUUUCAUCGAGAUGCGCCGGGCUGGCAGAGCCGAUGCCUUUGCGCUGCUCUAUGCUUCGGUGCUGUUGCUGCUUAUCCUGGCCGUCCUGCUGGGCAACCUGGUAGUCAUGGUCAGCCUCUGCCGCAUGUACCUGAGGCGCGCGCACACUUGCCUGCCCACCUCUUGCCGUUGUCCAGCGCUGGGAGCUCCGCUGCGCGCGGGCCGCCAGGCGGAAUCUGGCGGAGAGUACGCGCAGGGCGCCCGAAGACCCUUCUCCAUGUCCGAGGAGCUGGAUCACCUCAUCCUGCUGUUCAUUAUGACCAUCAUCUUCGCCGUCUGCUCUCUGCCUUUUACGAUCCAUGCCUUUAUGAACAGUUUUGUUGAAGAAAAUCAUCAAGAAAAAAAGGAGGAUCUUCUGGUGAUGCGGUUUCUAUCUGUUAAUUCCAUUGUGAACCCCUGGGCGUUUGUCAUCCUGAGGCCUCCCAUCCUUCGGCUAGUGCGAUCCAUACUGUGCUGUCAGAUACCCUUAGAAUCACAACCAAAGAAUAGGCAGAAUUUGUCUCUUGCCAAACCAGUGCCUGUGGAACAGAUGGACAAUUGCAGACAAUAGAACAUGGACUCAGAGAAGGCAUUCAAGUGCCCAUUUCUCAUGGCUCCUCAGGGAAAAUAUGGAACUGAGACUGGAAUUGUAGCAUAACGUCUUUUCCUGGGGUCAUUGUUCAGCUACAGCAUCUGUGAUUCCAAGCUGUCUUCUCGUUCAUCCUAAGGAGACCUGAGAAGACUCUCCAAAUUCAACCAAUCCUAAAUAUUUCCAGUCUAACUGCAAGACGAUAACAGUGGGCUAAAGAAGCAGAUUGGAAGGAGCUGCCUUCUGCCAAUCAUGGCAAUGGUUUAUCUUGCUGCAGUGUUUAAGGAAGCUUACAAUAUUUCAGAUAGGAGUUUGUCCCAGUUCCACCUGCAGAGUGUCCACAGAAAUAGUCAAAACAAUCAAGAUGGUGGCUAAGAUGAUGCGAUAAGUGCUUCAUCUUUGUUUAUGAGUGUCACAUUUGCAGAGCUUCAAUCGCUCCGAUGCAGAAACAUCUUGAUUUGUUUGACCAUAAGCCAUGGUUAUCCCUUCUGUUUUCUCUCCAGGACUUGUGCAACAUCUUCUGAAGAGAAAAAGAAUUAAGGAUGCACAGAAAACCUUGGAUGCAAAGUUGCCACUGAACUGUAUUUUUACUCCUAUCAAAGAGGGAAGAAAACUAAAUACCUAACUUAUUAAUUAAGCAACUUAUUUAAUUUAUUUCUAAUUGCACAUAGUUGGUAUAAAGUAAUCAAACUUUUUUUAAUCCUGAGCCAGCUUUUUUUUUAAAAAAUGCCCCAUGCUGUAGCAUAUAUAGGCCAGAGCUGGCCUUUGUCAUGAAAAGCUAUGGCCCUUAUAGUAACACUUGGAUUUUUUUUUUAAAGUAAACAUUAGGAUACACUAACGGGGGUGUGGAAAUCCAGAUAAAUACUUUGUGGAACAAAGACAUUUUUCUGUAUUUUUCUGCUAUCUAGUAGCUCUUUUGAUUUUUUCAUCUCAGAUAUGAUAGCACUUAGGUGUCUGUAGGGUGUGAUCAUAAAGUGAAGAUGACGUCCAUGACAUAAAAAAACAGACUUCACUUUAUGAUCACACCCUGGAGACAUCCCUGAUAGCUCUAGUAAACUUUUACUGGUGUUCUUUUCAUUUUCACAUUUCUGUUACCUCUCCCUGUAUUUAAAUAGUUCAGAAAUAAGGCCCAUUAAAUUCAGUGGGAUUUAUUGCCAGAUAUGUAAAUUCAGCAUUACAGCUACAAUUAAACAAAUGAUCAGUCAGGUUUGUUUGUUUUUUUAAUGAGAAGGACAAAUUACCCUGGAUCAUUAAGCCAAUGCUGUGGGUUUAUGUCUGUUUUGCCCAGAGUACCCAGAUGCCACCUGCAUAUCAAAUCAAAUAUAAGCUAAUAUGUAAAAUUUGCUUCUUUUCUAUUUCAUAAAGAAUUGAUGAUAUUAAUGAAAUCACAUUCAAACAAAUAUCAGUAAGUGCAGUGACAAAACGUAAUCAGAGUCUUGUGACCCAUAAGGACACAUUUAUUGUAGCAUAAGCAUUUUAUGAACUGCAGGCUGCCUUAUCAAAUAUUAUGAAAUAUUAUAUCAAGUGACAAGUAUAUAUAAACUAACUGAGAGGGGAGAAAUGCAAAUGCAAGGCUAAUGGGAAUGCAAUCAUACAGAUACUGUUCAUAAAAGUUAUUUAUUGGUAUUGGAUACUUACAGAAUAAAUGCACAGAGACAUAUGUGCAUUGAUGAGUUCAUUUACACAAAUAGUGUGUGAUUAUUUUUUUUAAAGAAAUCUAUUCCACUUUAUUCAAGUCACAGGGCAUGGAAUGAGCCACAUGUGUAAAAGUAACCAUUAUGUGAGUAAUGGAAUAACAUUUUUCUAAUAAAAAGUUGUCUUCACAAUUUUAA